AUUCGAUGUAUAGGCACCAGUCAUUUCUUAAACUUCAGGAGGAUUAUAACUAUAGCUUGAAUAACCGCUUUAUUUUUGGCGCGAAGUUGUUUUACAGUCUUUUUAAGAGAAAGAAGAAUAUUAAGUGGCAUUUACAGAAACGCAUAAUAUAAAUAUACUCUAAAAAGAAUAUAACCUAUGAAAUUUGUGGAUCCCAAUUCAUCAAGGUCAAAUCUAUAUAAUUAAGUAUAAAAUUUAAAAUACUUUGAAGUUUCUGUUCCAUAGUGUUCAACAAAAUUAUUUGAAGACUGUGAAGGUGGUCCAUAUUUUUUAUUUUGUUAUUAGAAGAGUAAAAUGGAAGAUCCAGCUACAGCACGAUUAAAAGCAUUAAUUGUAAGCAGUAAUGAUGCCUUAGAAUUCAAAUUGGUUCGUGUUAUGGAAGAUCUGGAAAAUGAUGAAACUACAUUCAAACCAGAAAUGUCUCAUCAAGUAUUUGGAGACAGUGAAUCUAUAUUUGGUUAUCGGGACCUUAGAGUGAAGCUCUACUACUCGGCAGGUUGUUUAGAAACUUAUUUGGGUAUGACUUAUUCAGAAAAAGUAAACAAAAUGAUUUGUGAAGGAGUUGAAGCUGAUGAAGUAUUACCUACAAUUGCGGAUAAACUUGCUCCACGUGUUCACGAUAACUUAGAUUCAUUUAUUAAAUCCCUGGAAAAGGAUGAUACAUUCAGACCUCAAGGAGCAUUAUUGCAUUCAUUUUCUAUUGAUGAUGGUAGAAAAUUUGAAGUUUAUAAAGCUGAUAUGACUUACAAAGGGUUUAAAGAAUACCAUCAACGUCUCCAGACAUUUGUCCUUUGGUACAUAGAUGCUGCUAACUUUAUAGAUAUAGAUGAUGAUCGAUGGGAUUACUUUAACAUGUUUGAAAAAUAUCGCUCAGCAGAUGGUACUGUUCGCUAUGCAACUACUGGUUUUGCUACUGUAUAUCAAUAUUAUGCAUAUCCACAUCAUAUAAGGCCCCGUAUAGCUCAAGUUUUAAUAUUACCACCAUUUCAAAAUAUGGGUCUUGGUACCCAUUUGUUACAUGCUAUUUAUCACGAAUAUAUAGGAAGAAAUCGAGUCAAGGAUAUAACAGUUGAAGACCCAUCAGUGACUUUUCAACGAUUAAGAGAUUAUGUGGAUGCAGUGAAUUGUAGCACAUUACCUACUUUUCAACGGGAAUAUUUGCUUCAAGGUUUUAAUAAAGCAAUGGCUGCAGAAGCGAAACAAAAAUUCAAAAUAAACAAGAGACAAGCUCGUAGGGUAUAUGAAAUUUUGAGAUUACAUGCAACUGAUUUAGCAAACGAGAACGAGUAUCGUGAAUACAGAUUAGAUGUAAAAAGGAGAUUAAACAUCCCAUACAAACGUGAACAGAACGACUUAAAAAAGUUGGAAUGUGCGUUAAAAAACAUCGAUAAAAAAUCAAAUGUUACACUACCUACAACAGAACAACGUCUGCAAACUCUAGAAAAAGAAUAUAGAAGUUUGGAAGAGGAAUAUAAAAGAGUUAUUAAACGAUUGGAUAUGGUUUGCAAAAGCUAGAAAAAAAAUACAGAAGCUUAGAAAAGAAAUAUGAAAACGUUAUUAAACAAUUGAAAAAUACGGAAGAACUUUGAGAUUUAAUAUUUUUUUAUAUUUCGUUCUCAUUAAGUCGUACACAUAAGUAUAUAUCUAUAUACAUACAACAAUUAAUACUGUUGCCAUAAAGAUAUUUCUCUUUCUAGCUUCAUUAAACUUCAUUUUAUCAUAUAAUUCUCGACAAAAUAUACUUCAUAAGAUAAACUAUUAAUGUAAGUUUUUUAUGAUGCUACUUUAUCGCGCCAAAGUUUACAUAUUUAUAUUUUGUUAAAACAAAAAUGAUUAGCUGUCGUAUUUAUUUUUGAAACAAAUUUGGCAUUUCGAGCAUUUUAUGGAAAUAUAAACAACCAUGUAAAUUAUGUAACAGUAUUGUAUUAAAUAGUUACUUUUUCUUGAUUUGAUACUGAA